CCAUUGUUACUGUACACGAUCUGUCAAAAGAGCGCUAACACCGCUCGUGAUGUCAUUCUUGACGCUAUCUAAUAUCUGAGAAAAUUGCUUGAUAAUUAGGACGUGAUACACAUUCUGACAAAAUAGCUGAAACCAUGGAGUGGUUAUUCGGUAAGCGUAUCACCCCUGAGGAAAUGCUCAGAAAAAAUCAAAGAGCAUUGAACAAAGCGAUGCGGGACUUAGAUAGAGAGAAAGUAAGAAUGGAGCAACAGGAAAAGAAAAUUAUAGCUGAUAUAAAAAAGCUUGCAAAGGAUGGACAAAUGGAUGCUGUAAAAAUUAUGGCUAAAGAUCUAGUUAGAACAAGGCGCUACAUCAAGAAGUUUAUGUUGAUGAAAGCAAACAUUCAAGCAGUGUCCUUAAAAAUACAGACUCUACGUUCUCAGAACACGAUGGCACAAGCCAUGAAAGGAGUGACAAAGGCUAUGCAAAAUAUGAACAAACAAUUAAACUUACCACAAAUACAGAAAAUAUUGCAAGAAUUUGAAAAGCAAUCAGAGAUAAUGGAUAUGAAAGAGGAAAUUAUGAAUGAUGCAAUAGAUGAUGCGAUGGAAGAUGAAGGGGAUGAAGAAGAAAGUGAUGCCGUCGUCGCUCAGGUAUUGGACGAAUUGGGUCUACAAUUGACAGAUCAACUCUCUGGAUUACCACAAGCAUCCGGAUCGUUAAGUGUAGCCGGUUCGAAGCAGCCAGUUGCUGCUGCAGCUGGUGGUGAAGAAGGAGGCAAUCUCGCUGAUGCUGACGCAGAUCUACAAGCUAGGCUUGAGAAUUUGCGACGCGAAUGAAUCAAUAUUUAAAAUAUUCUAGUUAGAUAUUGUAUAAAAAGUGUAAAAAGAAUCGGCUUUAUACUGAAAAUAGCUUAAAAGAAUUCACUCAUAUCGAGUGCUUAAAUGCUUAAUAUACUUAAUGUGUGUAAACGUAAAAACAUGUCUGCAUAUAAUUUUUCUCGCAAAUAUUGAAUCGUGUUUUAUAAAGCAUUUCAAUUUUAUAACUACUUUCCCUGUGAAUGCCUAAGCUUCUAACAGAUAUAUAAAGAACAUAAUAAAAUAUAUGAUAACAGUAA